CUUGGGGAUGAAAUUGCAAGAAACACGUGCAGGAAGGAAGCAAGUAAGAAGGUGUAGAAGAAACGUAAACUAAACCAUGGUUAUCUCCGUAUCUACGUCUCCGAUUCCCUCACUCAAACUCAAACUCUUCUCCCCCUAAACCCUCCCUCCGUCUCCUCCGCCCUCCUCUUUAGGGUUUCUCUUCUUCAUCGCUCCUCUUAGGGUUUCUCCUCUCCAUCGCCCAAUCGCACUGAUAUACUAUCUUGGAGGUUUAUUAAGCAAAGCUACAUAAAGGUGUGUUUCUUGUUCUGAUAAAUGGAUUCCAUGGAUCUUAAAGGUAUUGCAUGGGUUGGUCAUAUAUACCAAAAGUUUGAAGCAAUGUGUUUGGAGGUUGAAGAAGCUAUGUCUCAGGAAACAGCUAAAUACGUUGAAAAUCAAGUUCAGACUGUCGGCGCAGGUAUGAAAAGAUUCUGUUCUGAUGUCAUGCAGGAUCUGCUUCCACCAUCAUCAAAGGAUCUCUCUAGAGUUGCUAGUGCUGACUUGUUACUUAACCCGUAUCUCGAAUUCGGAAUACACAAGAAACCGAUAUCAAACAUCAAGGAAGAUGCUAUCAAUAUCGACCCUGUUCGUGUCAAGGGUAUUUCUGAGGAUAAAUCAAACUCCAACAACGAUGUUUGGGAAGACUGGUCUGCUGCAUCGUUUAAUUGGGAAAUAAGUGAUAAAGAUGAAGCAAAUUGUGACGAGAUAUUGAACGAAACCCCCGUCACGACUGUAUUUACUAAACCCAGUGCAAAGGUAGUGAAAAGAUCUAGACGUAUCUCCUCUAGCAACAUCUUAAGAGCAGAACGUAAAGGUACAUGUGAAAGUAAUGGGGUGGUUCCUCAGGCGGGUUCGCAGGCUACUUCUAAUACAUCGACUUCUCAGUCCAUUGAUAAUGAUGGAUCUAAUACAGAUUCGUGCGAAAAUAGCAGGCAUGUGCCUCUUACUCAGAUAGGUUCAAAUGUCGGUGCUAAUGCUAAGUGUGGUCAAUCUGUUGAUGACGAGAUUAUUUGGCCUCAUACAGGAAGUUCAGCAGAUUGCAGUCCAGAUUUAGGAGAGGAAACUAAAAAUGGAGCUAGCGUGCAAAUCGUGGAACCUAUUGAAGAUGAGCUUGAUUCGGGAUUUGAGGAAACAUGCGUUUUAGUGGAUGGAAAUGAAUAUCAUCUUGACAGCCAUAAAGAAGAAUCAAGACGGUCAUACAAGAAAAAGAUUCAAAACGCGUUUUCUUUAAAAAAGAAAUCCGCAAGGAAACAGGAGUACAAGAAACUUGCUGCACAAUGUAGCAUUGUCCAUGCAGAAAUGAACAUAAAAUCUGACGAGGCAAUUCCCGUUGCACACUCCCUUUCAGAAAACGUAAAAGCAAAUAAGCUAGCAACUCAUGACUCACUAGAGUUGGAAUGGGAGCUUCUCUAGACGCCAUUAUCGAUGCCUUUGUAAAUAAAUUCGUUUAUAUAUGUCUGCUUUCGGCCCGCUUUUCAUCACAAUCUAAAGUUAAUUGUGUUUGAGAAAGCCCGAUGAUCCCCUGAUUCGUGGCAAGGGAGCUGUUAAUAGUGUUGAUUGUGGAGUAUUUAAGCUCGUAUUUGAUGCCAUAAUGACAGUAUUGUACCUAAAUUUGUCGGUCCUUUGGUAAUUCUCGUUAAGGAUUUUAAGAGAACUUUUGGUUCUCGAAUGUUAAUGGUUUGAACAUGGCGUAUAAAGCAGCAGCUCGAGUCGGUAAUGUCUGUUUUCUUUA